AUGUCGGAUACGCUUGAUGAGAAGAAGGUGCUGGAUAGUACCGCUACCAGCGAUGAUGAUGUGCUUGCGCAGCUGGGAUAUACCCAGGAGUUGAAGCGCAGUUUCGGACUGCUGGGUAUGGUUGGCUUCUCGUUUAGUAUCGUCACAUCAUGGACCGCACUAUCUGGUGUUCUUACCAUCGGCGUGGAAUCUGGAGGACCGCCAGUCAUGAUAUGGGGUUGGUUGUGUGUUUGCUUGGUCACGCUCGCAGUGGCGUAUUCCAUGGCUGAGAUGUGUAGCGCAUACCCGGUUGCUGGUGGCCAGUACAGUUGGGUUGCCAUACUAGCCCCUUCGCGCUGGGCUAAAUCAAUGAGCUAUCUUUGUGGAUGGUUCAUGUUAAUCGGGAUCAUAUGCAUGGGUUCAGUUAACAACAAUGUAGCUGCAAACUUCAUACUCGGGACCGCUCAACUAAACUACGGGUUCACCAUUGAACGCUGGCAUACCGUCCUAGUCACAUAUCUGAUCACAUGGAUCGCAGCCACCUCAAACAUCUACCUCCCUCAUAUCCUCAACAAGAUCUCCAAGGCUAUUUUCAUCUGGAACCUGACCUCGUUCGUUGUAUGCUUUAUCACCAUCCUAGCCACAAAUGACAAGAAACAGUCGGCGAGCUACGUAUUCAGCGACUUUCAAAACUUUACUGGAUGGAAUGCGCCAUACGCCACAUGUCUUGGGCUGCUGCAGUCGGCUUUUGGAAUGUGCUGUUAUGACGCACCAUCGCAUAUGACGGAAGAGAUCAAGGAUGCACGCAAGCAGGCGCCCCGCGCAAUCGUCAUGUCAGUGUACAUUGGCUUCUUUACUGGCUUCGCAUGGCUCGUCGCGCUGUGUUUCUGCAUUGGCGAUCUCGAAACAACGGCCAGCACACCGACUGGCGUGCCAGUCAUUGAAAUCAUGUUCCACUCUACAAACAGCAUCGCAGGGACAUCUACCCUGGCCUCAAUGAUAGGCGUAAUCACCGUCGUAUGUGCCAAUUCGCUCAUGGCAGAGGGAUCGAGGGCUGUCUAUGCGUUUGCGCGUGACAACGGUCUACCGUUUUCCAACGUGCUCAGCACUGUAUCCGAGCGAUCGGUUCCCGUGUAUGCAGUCUUGCUCACGACCGUUGUGCAAAUGGCUUUCAACUCUAUCUAUUUUGGCACAACAACUGGUUUCAAUACCAUCAUCGGCAUUGCUACCCAAGGAUUCUAUUUAUCAUACCUAAUGCCUCUUCUCUCCCGCAUUCUGGCACACUUUACGGGCAAAAAGACACGCCUAGAAGGCCCUUAUUCGCUCGGAAGAUGGGGCAUCGUGCUUAACAUCAUCGGCUUCUUGUACCUCACCUUUGUAUGCGUGGUUUCAAACUUGCCCACCGUUACACCUGUGACGAGCGAGAAUAUGAAUUACACGUCUGCUGCCACUGGCGCGGUGAUGCUGCUUAGCCUGGUGUUUUGGAUCAUGACGGGCAGGAAGAAGUUUACGGGGCCGGCGCAUGGUGGUUUCGUGGAUACGAGCAGGCUGGCUGCGUAG